AUGCCCAUGGAUAUGGCUACUGUCUUGCAGCGGGUGGACUCUGGACAGUACCUUACCAGGGCAGCAUUUAUGAAGGAUAUUGAUCUCAUUGUCUCAAAUGCAAAGACUUACAAUGGGGAUGACUACAAUGGAUCUAGGAUCGUCGGUAGAGCAUGUGAACUCAGAGAUGUGGUGUCUUGUUUGUUCUCACUUUCUCCUAUAUUGGGUUCUCGACAAUGCCUCUACAGAUUAUCAUUCUUAUGUCUAAUGAACCUCUUUUUGGCCAGGUCCAAGGGGGGCCCACAGCAGGUUGUGGAUGAUGAAGAUAACUCUAUUCUUCAAGCAGCGCCUGUUGCUCAGCUGGUUUCUGGUACUAGAUUAAGUGCAAGGCUUCGCAAUGUACAGCCAGAAGUAAACGUGUCACAAAGUUAUGAAGUGCUAAAGCGGCAAAAGAAAAGUGCUGAAAAUGAGCACAGCAUGACCAAAGAUGUGGUAGCUAGAGAUGGAAAGUCUCCGGAAGAUGUAGAUUUGUCAAAACCAACUGACCCAGAAGAAGCUGCAAAAGAACCAGAGUCAAAUGGCACAACGAAAGAAGACAACGAUUCACCAGCCGAAGAACCAGAAGUACCUACUUCUCCUGAACCCAUGUAG